AUGAUCGUGGACCCGGAUUUAUGUCCGAUUUCUUUCACGUGUUUAACAAGAUCCUGGAUCAACCAACGUGCAACAAUGGCAUAUAGACCCCAGGCGAACGGAUUCACAGAAAGGAUGGUGCAGACCACCACAAGGGUACUAAAAAUAUAUGUUCAAGAUCUGGAUCAGCGAGAUAGGGAUGAGUACGCGGAGCGACUUACCUUCGCGACCAACACCGCUCGGGAUCGGAUCCGCAGAGAGACACCCUUCUAUAUGGUACAUGGCUGGGAUCCGAGAUCCACACUAGAGGCGGUGAUCCCGAUGGGAAGUACACGAAGACAAGAUCGGGAUCCGCGGAGAUGGCGAUAUCGGAUCCAGAGGAAUUACCAACAGGCACGGGAGCAGGUGAAUCAGCGCUUACGGGAGGCGAUCUCAGAUCGGGCAGAUCAGCACAACGAUAUAGUACGUCCGCAUCAAGUCGAGACCGGAUCUCGAGUCUGGUUAUAUCUGGAUCAGGUGCGAGAGGGGUAUGCCAAAAAGCUUGCAUAUCUGUGGCAUGCCCCUUUCCGUGCGGCUGAGAAGAUCGGUGAGUACGCGGUGAAACUCGAGAUUGCCGGAUCCGUGUACAAUAUUUUCCCCGUAUUUCAUGUGUCGAAGAUCAAGACAGUUAGAGACUUCCCAGAUCGGCAGGUUGUACGUCUUACUGUGAAGGAUCAGGAUCGGCUAGAAUUCGACGAAGCACUCCUCCCUGGAGAUAGCUGGAUUCAAGAUCGUGAUCCGGACGAGCGUGGGUACGAAGAUCCGACCUGGAUCGAUGAGGCAGAUCUCAACUGUGACGCAAUACUUCACGAGUUCUUGCGGGAUCGCGCCAAACAGAAUCGGUUUAGCGUGAUGCAACCUCACGAAGAGGCCUAA